AUGAAUAAACACGCGUGUUCUUCGAGUUUCAAUAAUGAAAAUAUUAUCAGAUUGAUUCAACUUUAUGAAUUUCACCGAGUCUUGUGGUAUAGCACACUAACUGAUUAUCGAAAUAACGAUUUAUGCCAAGAUGCAUGGAAGGCAAUUUCAAAUGAACUGAAAAUUCCAAUAGGUGAAUUAAAAAAAAAGAUGACAACUUUAUUAGCAUCACAUACUUCAAUAAUAAUAGUAGAUAUGGACUGUUUAGAUAUGCGAAACAGAUAUUGUAAACUUGUAUAUGAGUCCCCGGUGCCCAAAAACCUUAACGUCACGGAUAGCCUUUCUCUGGCUAUUCUCUCGACUCGGACUGACAGAAAAUCAGACUCGGAGUCUGAAAGUGAGUCCUCACGUCCUCCAAAUAAAAGAAUUAAAACCAAUGACGUAAAUUCGGACCCGCGGUUCGAAGCACUAAUACACCAAGUAAGUCACCUUACUAAUUGUCUUCAAUAUUAUUUGCCUAUAAAUACAGCAUUGCCUUCUACAUCAAAUACAUUAUUGCCUUCUACGUCGAAGGCAUGCCCUACUGACAGUUCCGAAUUCUUAGUAAAGCCAAAUUCAAAUCAGCUCAAUUUAGGUGAGGUCUUCACUGUUACUGACAAUAACAAAGUAAUAAAGAAUGCAUCGCAAAGUCGUUUGGAAUCCUUAGUAAAAUUACAACACUUUGGAACUGAGGAGUGGAAAGAGGUAAAAUAUUCUAAGGUCUUACAAAAUUUUUUAGCCAAACCAGGUUUUAUCGAACUAAAGAUUAAUGAUGAAUUGUGUCACCUGAAUAAGGGAAAAGACUACUUAGCAAACACAGAAAAAACUUUGGCUGGUCUUACAAAUGGCUUGUUAGAACACAAGGAAAUUGUACGGAGCAAUUUACAAGAGAUUGUAAAUUGGUCAAAUAACUCGUCAAGUGAUUUGACACCAGAAAAUCUGUUUAAUAAGAUUAUGACAGUGUUUGGACCUAACACUCAAUAUUAUAAGAAUAUGGAACAAAUUGUACAAGUUGUCUGUGGGAAGAGAACAGAGUGCAUAGAAAUAAGACGAGAACGCAUUUUAUCAGAGAUCUCAAAUAAAAACCUACAAGCUACUCUCAGAAAGCUGCCUCCAAGUGCAGAACACCUUUUCGAGCAUAAUAGUUUAUUACCGGUGAUACAAUCUCUAGGAGGGACAAGUGUGUGGCUUAAUAUGCCAACUUAUUUGAAAGAAAAUAAAAUACCUAAGAAACGACAAUAUGAACCUGCAACUGCAACUUCAAUAUAUCACCAAUCUUCACAGGGGAACCGUAGCACUGCAUACCGUGGUAACAAAAAAAAUAGUAAUAAAAAAUUUAAGAAAGAACAAAGAGGUAGUAACAGUUCCUUUCGCCCCAAAGAAAAAAAAUGA